AUGGCGGACCAGUUCCAGGCUCGGACGUUGAAACGCAAGAAUGUCAAAGGUCUCGCUCUCAAUGCAGCCCCUAAACCCACCUCCAACACCACCGAUGGCGAUACACAGGCCCAGGGGCCUGUUGGGAGUAGCGAGGUCAAUACCACAGAUACGCUCGAAAUCGGACUGGAGUUUCGCCUCGAUCUUCGCAGUGAAGACCUGGUCACAUUGAAAGAACUUGGCGCUGGAAAUGGAGGUACUGUUUCCAAGGUGAUGCACGCAUCCACCAAGGUGGUGAUGGCUCGAAAGAUUAUCCGUGUGGAGGCCAAAGAGAACGUGCGGAAACAGAUUCUACGAGAACUUCGAGUCGGGCACGACUGCAAUUGCCCCAAUAUUGUCACUUUCUAUGGUGCAUUUCAAAAUGAAGCGAGAGAUAUUGUGCUAUGCAUGGAAUAUAUGGAUCUCGGAUCUCUCGACCGCGUUUCUAAAGAUUUCGGCCCUGUUCGAGUCGACGUGCUGGGAAAGAUCACUGAGUCCGUCUUAGCUGGUCUCGUCUACUUAUAUGAAACCCACCGCAUCAUGCAUCGUGAUAUCAAGCCGUCCAAUAUCUUACUCAACUCCCGCGGCAACAUCAAGCUCUGUGACUUUGGCGUUGCUACCGAGACAGUUAACUCGAUUGCCGAUACAUUCGUUGGCACUUCUACAUACAUGGCUCCCGAGCGAAUUCAGGGAGGUGCCUAUACGGUCCGGUCCGACGUGUGGAGCGUGGGCUUGACGGUCAUGGAGCUGGCUGUUGGAAAGUUCCCCUUCGAUCACUCCGACUCUGCUGCCGGAAACCGUGCUAGCGCAGGACCGAUGGGAAUCUUGGAUCUACUCCAGCAAAUUGUGCACGAAACAGCCCCCAAGUUGCCCAAGAGUGAUGCCUUCCCGCCUAUCCUACAUGACUUUGUUGGGAAGUGUCUCUUGAAGAAACCCGAGGAGCGCCCAACCCCACGAGAGCUUUAUGACAAAGAUGCCUUCUUGCAGGCCGCGAAGCGCACACCAGUCAACCUCGAAGGAUGGGCAACGAGCAUGAUGGAUCAACAAAAGCGCAAAUCCUACCUGGGACCACCAAUACCGACAUCACUCUCUAGAGAGGGCUCGACGCCAUCUUCAAACUCGACUUCAUCUCCCGCUGCAGCUCCCACAUCAGCCACUAUCGGCAAACCCCCUCUCCUCAGCAAGCCAACACGAACCCCACAGCAGUCACCAUUCCCGUCAAACCCAGUGUCAGGCGACAUCCCUCUAAAGAUCGCCAACGAGGUCCCAUCCAGCCACCGUUACUACCCCCAAUCCCAGCCCCAAUACUACUCGUCGUCCUCGUCCCGAACCACGCGGUCUCCACCACCUCCCUCUCUGGAGCACCUCUCGCUGGAAUCAAAUGACGAUAACAGCCGAUCCGGUCGUCGCGCGAUGCGCCAGCACCUCAACGAGCCUGCUUCUGCUAUCGAUGCCCCAUCUCACCCAUUCAUGAGUCCUCGCUCCGCCAGCUCCAACAACUCCAAUCCCCGUACGAACCUGCACUCCACGACGAUGCCUAUCCGCGCCGCGCCUCCGACUGGCCCGCCUCCCCACCGCCUGUUUCAACGGGUGGAAACUGGCGCAUCCAACCAGGAACUACACCCCGGUAAUUGGGUAAUGGAUAGACAAUGUACUCGGAUACAUAUUCGUGCUAUUUUCUUUUCUUUUCAUUGUGUCUAUGUCCAGAUGUACGUGCACACUCGGCUUUGA